UCGACCAUUCCUUUGUCGACAACAUGGACCGCAGGCGCUACUCCAACCUACAUGUCUGCCCCGGGUCUCCCGAACUUGGCGACCGUCAUCGGGGCCAACUAUCCUCCCAUGGACGUCACUCCUCCUACCGAUUCUCCCGAGGUCCAGCAGUGGAUCCAAGAGGUCGCGAACUCUGGCAUCCCCAUUCCCGAUUUCAACGUCACUGUCGCCGGCGGGUGCCCCGCGAACCCGGAGGCCGUCGCCGAAGCCGAAGAGCGGUGCUGGUGGACGUGCAGCACCUGCACGCGCACAACGGACGUUACGACCUGCCCAGACAAGUUCACCUGGGGCGUCACCUACGAUGACGGCCCGUCCGUUUACUCGACUAACCUUCUGCAAUACCUCGACGCGCAUGACAUCAAGGCAACCUUCUUCUCGAUUGGUUCGCGUGCGCUUGGUCUCCCCGCGUCGCUCCAGGAGGAAUACAUGGCGGGCCACCAAAUCGGCGUGCACACCUGGUCGCACCCGCAGCUGACCACUAAGACCAACGAGGAAAUUAUCGCCGAACUCGGAUGGACCAAAAAGCUCAUAAAAGAUAUCAUCGGUGUGACCCCCAAUACCAUGCGCCCGCCAUACGGAGACAUCGAUGACCGUGUCCGCAACAUCUCGCUGGCUAUGGGUUUGACCCCAGUCAUCUGGACGCGUAUCAGCGCUACCGCAACCUUCGACACUAACGACUUUAGCAUUCCCGGCGGUCUCGCAACUCCGCAACAAGUCAUCCAGAACUGGAACAACAUCCUCGGCAAUGCCUCGCAGAUCGACACGGGCUUCAUCGUCCUCGAGCACGACCUCUUUGCGCAGACGGUCGACAUGGCUACCGGCUACAUCUUGCCAGACGCGCUCGCCUUCCAGCCCAACUUGACGCUCAAGCCUGUCAUCUCUUGCUUGAACAAGCCCAUGAGCGACGCGUACAUCGAGCUCAAUGACAACUCGACCAACCCGCCCGCGGCGUCCGGCGGCCCUGCCACGCUCUCGUCCGGCGCGCCCGGCUCGGCGGAGAACACGGACGGCGCGAGCUCGAGCUCCGCGUCUGCGACCGGCGGUUCCGGCUCGUCCGCCGCGAUCGCCCUCACACCCGGCUCGAAAAUGGCCGUCGCGACUGCCGCGUUCGGCGUCCUCGCGGGCUUCGUCGUCGUCCUCCUGUAA